AGAGACUGGAGGGGGCUCACAGUAGGGAAUUGCAGAUAACCCUGUGCUAUUGACUUUGUAUGGAUAGCCAAAGAAUUGUGUAGAAUGGGAUUUGUGCUUUGAGUUUAGCAAAAUCUCAACAUAUACUGUAUCAUCUAAGUGAAGACUUGAAGGACAAACGCUAAGGUACUUGAAGGACAAACACUAAGGUGUAUUUUUCUUUGUGCAGAAAGUGCAUCCUCUUCUUGAAGAAGCAACCCCUUUAGAUGUAAGCUGUUUCAGAGAAUAUCUGCCUUUAUGUAUAUGUUGGGGCAUUUCAUCCAGCAAUAUUCCACUGGGACACUGACAAUGUUUUCUUGGGUGUUGAUUGUGUUCAUAGUGAAUGUGGCAACACAAGCAAAGGCUUCCAGAGAUAACAGGGGAGUUUGUUCCAGGCAAGUGGAAAAAAUCCCAGUUGUGCACAAUGAGACAUUUAUUCAACAAAAGUAUCAGCCCUAUCUGACCACUUGCCAAGGAUACAGAGCCUGCAGCAAAUACAGGACAGUGUACACAGUAUCUGUUAGGCAAGUGAAGAAUGAGCUUCUGAGGGUUAAAACAGUGUGUUGCCCCGGCUGGAGAAAGAAGGAUCCAACUUCAGAGGAUUGUGAGGAAGCUUUGUGCCACAAGCCGUGCCAAAAUGGAGGGACCUGUGUCAAGCCUAACAUGUGUCGAUGCCCUAAAGGUUGGGGAGGGCGCUACUGCCAUGUAGAUAUUGAUGAAUGCAGACGCCCCUCUAAGCCUUGCCCUCAGCUAUGUAUUAACACACUGGGUAGUUUCCUCUGUGAAUGCCAACCAGGAUUUACUCUUGGAGAAGAUGGAAAGUCCUGCACCAAAAAUAAGGCUCCCUCUCUGCUUCCUGCUCAACAAGCAGAAGAUUCUUCACACAGGCUUUCCAAUGAAAUCCAAGAACUACGUAACGUUGUUGAAUCCCUAGAACAGCGACUAGACAGCACCCUCUCAGCAGUGCAACGUCUUUUUCCUGUGAAACUGUCAGAAAUCCGCUCAGAUCAAGUACAUGAAUUUUGGGAGAGGAUCCAAAGUUUGGAUCGAAUGGACUCUUUAAGUGAUCAGCUCAUGUUCAUGGAGGAAAAAAUAGGAGAGUGUUCGUGUGGUAGUAACGAGAUUGAAAUGGCGGUAAACUUGAAGCGUUAAGCCUUAAAUCAAGUUCCACGCAUCGUUCUCUUUAUUUAUACCCCUCCUGACUGACCCUAUUUAUGACCCCCGCACUCACUAUUUAUGGUCCUUGAUUCUCUUUUAUAACAUUACGCACAUAAAUAAAUAUUAUUUCUACAAAA